UAGAUAUCAAUGUAUAAGGCUGAAAGAUAAUAUAAAUAUGCUAGAAGAUCUGGAUUCUGUUCAAGCUCGUCUUUCACCGGACAAUGUCAACUCAACGCAAGACUGCUGUAACGAAAAUGGCAGCAGAACCCCCGCUGCUUCGUGCAAUCAAACUGUACUCCAACGCUUCACGAACUUGAUCUGUACAUGCAACCUACGGCGACGUCAGCUGCAGCGGCUCUGCUUCUCAACCCGCAAACAUAAAUCGCAUCGGUCAGGUGCUGGCUACUGUACCUUGCUACCGACCUGCGCCUCCAUACGAGUCCACAUUGCAGGCUUCCUGGCGUGGACGCUGCUCGUAGCCCCUUUGCUCAGCGGCAUAGCCAUGGACACAAGACUGCUUAGGCGCCGAUCAAGCCUGGGCGGGGUGUCGAUGUGUGGCGCGUGCCGACCCGGGCACGGAAGCGGCGGCUCUCGGAUGCCGGGUCGGGAGCUUGUGCCGUUCUUGAAAGGUGAAUACGUGCCGAAAAUGUCCGAGCAGACGAUCGGGGCAAGCGGGCCGGUCACCGGGCGCAUUAGAGCUGAUACUCCCCGAUUUCGACAAGAGCUGGUGCCGAAUUGGAACACAGAUAUCGAGUUCCGGGACGAGGAAGAAAGCAAUGAGGAUCGCUUCAUGACCCCGAUAUGCAGAGCUAGACUGGACUACCUUGCAAUCCUCGUAGCGAACCAAUGGGCGCGUGUCAAACUGAAAGUUCUCGAAGCAUGGGACGAUGGGAACGAUAAAGCCAACGACCCUUUGCAUUAUGAAGGUCGAGCCGUUGAUAUAACGACUGAUGAUGCAGACAGAAAUAAAUAUCCGAUUCUUGCUCGGCUUGCAGUUGUGGCAGGGUUCGAUUGGGUAAAAUAUGACGGAAAGGUCGUCCACUGCUCCGUCAAGUCUGAGGAAUCGGACGCAGCGAAAUAUGGAGGAUGCUUUCCUGGUGAGUCAACCGUGAUCGUUCCUGGUGAAGGACAUGUCCCAAUCUCCAGUCUGCAACCUGGAGACCAAGUGCUUGCUAUAGACAAGAGCGGUGCAGUCAUCACUGACACUUUCCUCUCGUUUAUGGAUGCACGAAGUGAUAUCGUUUCAGGACACCAAGCUUAUCGCCAAAUGGUAGAGAUCACAACAGAGAAUGGCUUCUCUGUUACAUUGACACGAAAUCACUUGAUAUACGUAUCUAAGCCAACAUAUGACGCUUCCCUGUUGACUGCAACAUCAAAUGCAACACAGCAAAACAACGAACGACUCGGUCUCCAAGAUUUCACUUCACCGCAUUCCAGCUUUGCUGCCAAAGUACGCCAGGGCGACUACAUCUACACACUCCCCAAUUCGCAUACUGGUCCCGACACCCCUAGCGCCACCGUACGGCCGUCUCGUGUUGUGAGCGUACGAACCAUUGAAACUGCAAGUGGAGCAUAUGCCCCACUUACAUACAGUGGUACCAUCAUAGUAGGUGGAACAGCAGCGUCAUGUUACGCCGUCAUCGAAAGUGACGUCAUAGCGCACACGGUGGUUUCCCCGUUUCGUUACUACCAUUGGUUAAGCUUAUGGUUUAACGGUGACAGCAAAGACCACCGAAACUGUACACACGUCGGACCAGUGCGGCCGACCGAUGGCAUAUCGUUAUAUUCUAAGUUAUUGCACCAGAUUUUUUCAAAGGUUUUGCCCAGUUGGUUUUUCUGGGCGGAGUAGACUGCUAUGCGUGCGAGAGGCCCUUCUGGGGUCGUAAACAGAAAAGCAUUUAAACUAAGUCUGUAAUAUUUAAGUACAACCGUACAGAGCUGCCACGCUCCAUGUAGUAAGGUUGGGGAAAAUGGGACACCUUUUCACUCUAUUUUCUCGUUCCAUUUGGCAGUAAACAAACAACAUUCAAAGAAUUAUAAAACCGUAUCCUCACGACUUCCAUAAACCGUUCUUAAUUGUUUAAAACACGGUAUUUGGAUAUUAUGUGCUGAAGGUGUCCCGUCUCCCCCUACAGUACUAUAUAUACUGAAGUGGAAUCGCUACUUUGAAAUCAUUAUUCCCCGUUUCAUUUAUACUUAAACUUCAAUGCUGUUGUUAUUUCUUUGUUUCUUUUUUAAUUUACCGUUCCCGAUUGCACAUACAUAUCUCGUCAUUUUAUCUGCGUUUCCUUUUCAUGUUUCCUAUUUUUAUACCCUUCUUAUCUUAUAUUAUUGUUGUUGUAUUUUCUUGUCAGCAAAGUGCUUUAAUGGUUUCUUCACGCCUCGCUUCUUCAAUGCGCAUGAGGUUAAGAUGACGACAUGUACUUUUCGAAUUAAAGGAUGAUGAGAUCAGCA